AUGAAGAUUGGGUGUUUCAGAGCAGGAACUUAUGUAAGUUUUGAGUUGCAUGACGUCCCAUUUGAGACGGUCAAACAUUAUGAUCCUUGUCGGCCUGUUCUUGUUGGAGGUAUCAGUCUUGAAGAAGAAAAUCUUGGAUAUAUUCAGGUGAAACUUAAACGACAUAGUUGGCAUACAAAGUUAUUGAAGACCAAGGACCCUAUAAUUGUUUCAGUUGGUUGGAGGAGGUACCAGACAAGACCUAUUUAUGCCUUCAAAGACGGCCAUGGCAGCUAUCGGGGGCUUAAUCACACUCCGAAAAACAAGCCCUGUCUUGCGAUGUUCUGGGCCCCCCUUGCACCUCUUGGUACUGGGCUUGCUGUGGUGCAAAGUCUGGCAGACAAAAAGGCAGCAUUUCGGUUUUUAGGAAAAGCUUAUGUAGUUGAUACUAAUCAGGGGUCAGUGAAGAUAGUUAAGAAAAGCAGGAGGACUGCUCUUUUAAAGGAUAUGUGUACAAAAAUUCAUACUACUACUGGAAUUUGUGGGAAAAUUGAUGAGCCUGACCGCAUAUGGGAAAGUGGGGUGAAAACCUCUGGGUGUCAACUCUCUGUGCCUGCCGACUAUGAAUCGUUUCAUAAGACCUAUAUAGACCCAUUAGAACCCAAGGACCACGAACUACUUAAGCUUGUGGUAGAGGCGAACCGUUUAAGAUCUUCCAACGGUAAUAAAAAAUUAGUAGAGGAUAAUAAAAAAUUAGCCGAGGAUAAGUUUAAAGAGGUGGAAACUAUAGUUGUUGAGAGGAGGAAAGAGCGAGCAUCAACUCUUAGACGGGAUUCGCCUGAACAGUUGCGUGCGGUGAGGUUCCGUAAGGAAAUUGAGGAACCACGGCCGUUGCCGAAGGAAGAUCGGGCACUACUACUAGCAGAGUUGUCAAGGCUAGUCAAAGAGAGAGAAGAGCUGAAGGCAAAUGGCACUGCAGAGUGUCAAGUAUUUGCUGAUGAUUAUCGUCACCAGGAUGAUCCAGAUCCUACUGUUGAAGAAGAACGACCACCAUAUAUUAUUGCUGUUCAAGGACCUCCUAGGGUCGGUAAAUCUCUUUUGGUUAAGAGUUUGGUCAGUUUCUAUACCAGGGGAAAUCAUUGCGACAUGGCAGGGCCUAUCAGAAUUUUAGCAGUCGGAAAAAGACGGAUACAGUUUGUGGAGUGUCCAAAUAAUGUCACUGGCAUGAUUGAUGCAGCAAAGUAUGCUGAUGCUGUCAUAUUUGUUGUAGAUGCAGGUUAUGGGUUUGAAAUGAUAUUCUACUCUUAUCCCUUGCUUUGUUUCUUACCCUUCAUUUUAGCGAUACACUAUUUAGAGUAA